AUGCAAAACAGAGGCUCUACCGAACCCACCCGCCAAACCAACGACCAAAACAGACAGAAGGAAAGCAGACUUGAAGAAGCUGCCGUGUUCGGACUCUAUCUUUGGUCAUCUUAUUCUUCGUCUUCUCUCUCUCUCUCUGGGUCUUCCGGGUUCCUCUUAAAACUCCACAAAAACUGGGAUGUUAAUAGACCUAACUCUGCAAUCAGAUUGAGAAGCUUAAAAGAAUCUUCUGUGAGGGUCUUGUUACUUGUCGGUGAAUAUGAAGUGUUUCCAAUUCUACAGUGGAGAAAAGAAGAGUGA